GCUUCGCCCGGGGUGCCCCCACUGGGCCUGGCGCCGCCGCGCUACCAGAGCAGCCUGGACGGGCCAGGCGCGGGCGGCGACGGCGACGACUACAAGAGCAGCAGCGAGGAGACGGGCAGCAGCGAGGACCCCAGCCCGCCCGGCGGCCACCUCGAGGGCUAUCCGUGCCCGCACCUGGCUUACGGCGAGCCUGAGAGCUUCGGUGACAACCUGUACGUGUGCAUUCCGUGCGGCAAGGGCUUCCCCAGCUCGGAGCAGCUGAACGCACACGUGGAAGCUCACGUGGAGGAGGAGGAGGCGCUGUACGGCAGGGCCGAGGCGGCUGAUGGAACGGCGGGGGCCACCGGCUUGGGGCCCCCUUUUGGAGGCAGUGGGGACAAGGUCGCUGGGGCACCGGGCGGCCUGGGCGAGCUGCUGCGGCCGUACCGCUGCGCGUCGUGCGACAAGAGCUACAAGGACCCGGCCACGCUGCGACAGCACGAGAAGACGCACUGGCUGACCCGGCCCUAUCCUUGCACCAUCUGCGGGAAGAAGUUCACGCAGCGCGGAACCAUGACUCGCCACAUGCGCAGCCACCUGGGCCUCAAACCCUUCGCGUGCGACGCGUGCGGCAUGCGCUUCACGCGCCAGUACCGCCUGACCGAACACAUGCGCAUCCACUCGGGCGAGAAGCCCUACGAGUGCCAGGUGUGCGGCGGCAAGUUCGCGCAGCAACGCAACCUCAUCAGCCACAUGAAGAUGCACGCCGUGGGUGGCGCGGCAGGCGCAGCCGGGGCGUUGGCGGGUCUGGGGGGGCUGCCCGGCGUCCCCGGACCUGACGGCAAGGGCAAGCUCGACUUCCCCGAGGGCGUCUUUGCUGUGGCCCGCCUCACGGCUGAACAGCUGAGCCUGAAGCAGCAGGACAAGGCAGCCGCGGCCGAGCUGCUGGCGCAGACCACGCACUUCCUGCACGACCCCAAGGUGGCGCUGGAGAGCCUCUACCCGCUGGCUAAGUUCACCGCGGAGCUGGGCCUCAGCCCGGACAAGGCGGCCGAGGUGCUGAGCCAGGGAGCGCACCUGGCCGCCGGGCCCGACGGCCGGACCAUCGACCGUUUUUCCCCGACCUAGAGCGCCUCUUGCCGGCCUGACAUGUCGCCGCCGCGUGGCCCCGGCCCGUGUCCCCAGGGAGCGGCGGCGGCGGCAGCCGCGAGCAGGCACACCGCGCCCGGACAACUGUAGUAGCAGCGGCAGCGUCGCCGCGGUGGCGGCGGCCCCACCUGGCCUCACUGCUUUGUGCCUUAGCCCGGGG